AUGAGCUGGAGGAGGAGAGGGUCAUCUUCAUCCUGGCUAUAUGUUCUGGUGCUGUCUGCUCUGAAGGAGAUCCAGACAGCCCACCACAAGCAUGAAGUGAAAUUCACUGCAGUGGGCACACCCCAAACUCUCUUUGACCUCCUUAUUGUUGCCUUCCUUGAUGAUGUUCAGUGGGGCUCCUAUAACAAAGCAAACCAUCAGCUUGCGGUGAAGGCAGCCUGGAUCUCUGAGGCCAUGGGAACAACCUUUAUUGAGGAGAUGCAACAUUUGUUGAUAAACCGUGAGCGAAAUUUCCAACAUGCCAUUCAUUACUUCACAAGAAAUGACACCAAAACUGAGAGCAAUCACACAUUUCAGAUUCGUUUCGAUUGUGAAUUAGAUGAAGAUAUCCUGUUGAGUAGCCUUCUGAAGUAUGGCUUGGAUGGAGAAGAUUUGAUCCAGAUAGAAGGGCUAGAAGGACAGUGUGUGGUCCUGAACCCUAGGGCUUAUAGCUUCAAAUUCAUUGCGGAAAGUUCUUUCUGGACUGAAGAGAGAAAAAAUCACACUAGGAGAUAUUGCGUUGGAGCCAUGCGGAAAAUCCUUCAGAAAUCAAGCAUGAAAAAGAAUUUACCACCCGAGGUCUAUGUGUCCCGCCAAGAUUUCCCCAAUGGCACUAUCAGAUUCUCCUGUACAGCCACAGGCUUCUACCCACAAUCCAUCCUGCUGCACUGGAAGAAGGGGAGUGAUGAUGUUGUAUGGGGGAAAGAGAGCUCCAGUGGCACCCUGCCUAAUUCUGAUGACACCUUCUAUCUCCGAAUCUCCCUGGAGAUCCAGCCAGGAGACACAGGGACAGAUUAUGCUUGUGUGGUAGAUCACAGUCAGCUGGAGACACCAACUGUAUACCCUGUCCCUGAGAAGCCCUCCAAGUGGAAUCUAUGGGCUGUUACCAUACUUCUAGCAGCCAUCCUGAUGAUUAGCUGUUUUGUGGUCUUCACCAAAUGGAAGAGGAGAAAGUCAGGCCUGGCAGGCUAUAUUGAAGACAAAGAGGUUUAUGUCCUGAGUGGAAAGCACAAUGGAGGAGUCAGAGGAUCUGCACUGAAAUCUCACCUUUCACACACAUUACCUGUGCAUCAUUGA